GGGAACUUUGGGGUGAAUAGCAGGGAGGAGGAAGUUGCAGCGGAGGGCUAACAGGCAGCCUUCUGGGUUGGCAUCCCCUGUCUGCCUGGUGGGGGACGGAGAUUCCUCUUUACCCAGCGCUGAGUCACGGACAUCCCCAUGGUUGCUACCUUGGGGCUGGCCCCUCCUCUUCUCUGGGAGAGCACUGUGAGUCAGGAAGGCCUGUCAUCCCAGCCGGAGGCGGGAGGGGCUGAGAGGGGCGUCCCCAUUGCUCACGCCCGGCCCCUCCCUGCUCCACACUGGCUGCGUGGGUGUUGUAUAGAGCUGCCCACGCUACCAGCCUGCUAGUCUGACAGUGGGACCGCGGCGCAGGUUAGGUCUCCCGAGGGGAUCUCAAAGGCAGCGCAGCCUGGCCCCACGCGGGACCCCCCUUCAGGAACCAGCCACCCACUGCAGCAAACAAAGCAAGCUUUUCGCGCCCUCACUCUGCGACUUACCUCCUCCUGGUUUGUUGGAGGAGUCCAGGCGGGCACCCCAGGCUGACUCCAGGAAGGAAGAUGGCCACGCAAGUGCUGCUGCAGAUCGCCCUGCUGCUGCUGGGCCUGCUCCUCCUGGUUCAAGGUGCCCAUGGGGGCGGCCACCGGGAAGACUUCCGCUUCUGCGGCCAGCGGAACCAGACACAGAUCAGCAGCCUCCAUUACAAGCAGGUGCAUGAGCUGCGCCUCUCCAUCAGGAACUCCGAGGAGGCGCUCACAAUUCACGCCCCCUUCCCGGCAAACCAGUCAGUCUUCAAGUUCCCUGACCCCAGGGGCAUCUACCACUUCUGCCUCUACUGGGCCCGCCAAGCUGGGAAAUUGCAUCUUCGCUACGGCAAGAGCGACUUCUUACUGAGCCACAGCGCCUCGGACUUCCUGUGCUUCCGGGGCCAGGAGACGAGCCAGGCCCAGGACCCCCCGCUGCUCGCCACUUCCAUGAACUCCUGGGGGAGCCAUAAUCAUACCCUGCCCAGUGCUUCCAGUUUCACCUUCUUCUUCCACAAUCCUUCCCAGAACGCCUCCCACACUGCAUCACUUGACUUGUGUGAGCUGAAAAGGGACCUGCAGGAGCUCAGCCAGUUUCUGAAGCAGCCACGGAAGUCGAGGAAACGCCUUCCCUCCACUGGCCAGCAGCUGCAGAGCCUGGAGUCGAAGCUGACCUCUGUGAAGUUCACGGGGGACACGGUGUCCUUUGAAGAGGACAAGAUCAACGCCACAGUGUGGAAGCUGCACCCCAAGGCCAGCCUCCAGGACCUGCACAUCCACUCCCGGAAGGAGGAGGAGCAGAGAGAGAUCCUGGAGUACUCGGUGUUGCUGCCUCGCACGCUCUUCCAGGGGGCCAAAGGCCGCAGGGGGCAGGCCGCGAAGAGACUCCUCCUGGUGGACUUCAGCAGCCAGGCCCUGUUCCAGGACAAGAAUUCCAGCCGAGUCUUGGGUGAGAAGGUCGUGGGCAUUGUUGUUCAGGACACCAAAGUGGCCAAUCUCUCGAGGCCCGUGGAGCUCACCUUUCAGCACCAGCCACAGCCGAAGAACAUGACUCUCCAGUGUGUCUUCUGGGUUGAAGACCAGACAAUGAACGGCUCUGGGAGCUGGAGCGACGCCGGGUGUGAGACUAUCAGGAAAGAGACGCAGACGUCCUGCUUCUGCAACCACCUGACCUACUUCGCCGUGCUGAUGGUCUCCUCCGUGGAGCUGGACGCUGUGCACAAACACUACCUGACCCUCUUCUCCUACGUGGGCUGCGUCAUCUCCGCCAUGGCCUGUGUCCUCACCAUCGCCACCUACUUCUGCUCCAGCCCCUACGAGUGUGACCUGCUCUCCCGCCCCCUGGGCAGGAGGAAGUCUCGGGACUACACCAUCAAGGUACACAUGAACCUGCUGUUCGCCGUCUUCCUGCUGGACGUGAGCUUCCUGCUCAGCGAGCCGGUGGCCCUGUCAGGCUCCGUGGCCGGUUGCCGGGCCAGUGCCAUCUUCCUGCACUUCUCCCUGCUCGCCUGCCUCUCCUGGAUGGGCCUUGAGGGCUACAACCUGUACAGGCUCGUGGUGGAGGUCUUUGGCACCUAUGUCCCUGGCUACCUGCUCAAGCUGAGCGUCGUGGGCUGGGGCUUCCCCAUCUUCCUGGUGAUCCUGGUGGUGCUGGUGGAUGUGAACAACUACGGCCCCAUUAUCCUGGCUGUGCAUAGGACUCCGGAAGCUGUCACCUACCCUUCCAUGUGCUGGAUCCGGGACUCCCUGGUCAGCCACGUCACCAACCUGGGCCUCUUCAGCCUGGUGUUCCUGUUCAACGUGGCCAUGCUGGGCACCAUGGUGCUGCAGAUCCUGCGGCUGCACCCGCACGGCCAGAAGUGGCCCCACGUGCUCACGCUGCUGGGCCUCAGCCUGGUCCUCGGCCUGCCCUGGGCGCUGGUCUUCUUCUCCUUCGCUUCUGGUACCUUCCAGCUUGUCGUCCUCUACUUCUUCAGCAUCAUCACCUCCUUCCAAGGCUUCCUCAUCUUCCUCUGGUACUGGUCCAUGCGGCUGCAGGCCCGGGGCGGCCCCUCCCCUCUGAAGAGCCACUCGGACAGCGCCCGGCUCCCCAUCAGCUCCGGCAGCACCUCGUCCAAUCGCAUCUAGGCCGCCACACCUCAUGGCGAGAGGAGGCAGAGACCUCGUUUCACCAUUGCCCGCGGGCCCCAUGGCGGGCCCUGGCCCAUCAACCAAAACCUUGAGGCCCAGGGUAGUCAGCGGGCACCAGUUGUUGCCAUGGUGACCAGAUUCCCAGGUUUCUGAAUUGGCUUGGGGACCACUCCGCUCUCCGGUGGAGAACCUAGGCGGACACUGGGGAGCUGAAGUUGGGCUUAAUGUACCUUCUACUGGGCCCUUGUGUCUGGGGGCAGGAUCCUGCGACCCCCAGGGGCAGGCCUUGACUGAACCCAAGACCUUUGGCCUUUGUCAGAUCCUGCUCCCUUCCCCUUUCAGACCUCCCUUCCCCUUCCAGACCUCCCCCGUCUGCUCCCUUCCCCUUCCAGACCUCCCCCGUCUGCCCUCCCCUCCCUGGGCCUCCCUAACCCUUGAUUCUUAGCUGGGGCCCCCAAUUCCAAUACUGUAUUUGGAUGGUGAUUCCCAAGAGUCACCUGGUGUCGGUGGUUAACCUUUAUUGCUGCACGGGCCUUUACUGGGCCAGGCCCAUCUGCCCACCUGGGCCUCUCUAUAAGCUGCGUCAGCUUUGCUCUCCACUGCCAAGCCCACAUCUCACAGGGGUCCUCAGCCUCCCUGAGGCCCCUUGUCACGAGAACUGUGACAUGGAGCAUUCCUGAAGCCAUCCCAACACAGCGAAGACUGAGACACGCCUGCUCUGCAACCUCAGCCUUAAGCCCUGUGCGCUCCUUAGGGGCCUACAGUCUGGCCUCCUAUACACGCAAGCCCAUCACAGCUGGUGUUGUUGAAUCCAGGUUUGGGGCUACAGACCAGGUUGCUCCCCUCUGAGCUCUCAGUAGUGUUCGAGGCUUGCAUGAGACAAGAACUCCUGGAGCUGCAAAUGAGGGGUUAGUGGAAGCGGCCAUCCAGGCUGGAAAUCCAUGAGGGUGUCUUUUAAGAGGCCACACUGGACCUGGAUCUGAGUCUUAAAGAUGGGGUGGAUUUUCUUUCUUUUCGAGAACUUUCUUUUUAAUGAUCAGUUCAUCUUUUGAUAUUCAAGAGAAGUUCGCAUUUGUCGUCCAGUUCUUGGAAACUGUAGAAGAGUAUACGGAAGAAAAUAGAAUCAACUGUUGUUAUCGUCUAACAAAGUGAUGGAAACA